GCAGUGUCGCUAUAUCUUUCUCAUCUUUUUUUUUCGAUUCCAGAAGGUGGAGGAGUGGAUAGUGGAGGAGAGGAGAGAGAGAGGGAUCGAUCAAAUGCGCAUCUCCAUUCUCUUUUCCCGCUAUUAUUGGGUUUUGAUGAUUGAGACGUUGAAAUUUGUUUUUAUUCUUGUGGCGAUCGCUUUUAUUGUCUUAAGGUUGUUUGGUUGAGGUGGUGUGUUGAGUUUGUGUUUUUACAGUAUCGUAUGCGCUUUUGGUGUAGGGAAAGAAAGAGGAAGAGAGCAAGAGAGGAGAGAGAGGGAGAAAGAGAGAGAUUCAAUGCGUAUUUCCAUUCUGUUUAUGGGAUUCGAUUGGCUGUUGAUCAUUGAGACGUUGGAACUCGUUUUUAUUCUCGUUGUGGUUACGUUUGUGGUUGUGAGGUUGUGAGGUUGAGAUUUGAAAGAGAUUUAUUGAGACUUUCGAGGGGAAGCUGAAAAUUCAUGUCGGCACAUACUUUGAGAGAAAAUUUCAUUCAUUUGAUGAUUAUUUUCAAUACAGUUGCAUUGGUUUUUGUGGUCAUUAUCUUGCGCGAUUCUGGCACAGUUACGUCAGUUGACCUGUCGAUGCAAGAGAAAUUGAAGUGGGAGUUGUCUGUCUCUUCUAUUUUCUUUUUUCUUCAACAAAGUUGAGGCAGGUGGAAUCACAAGACGUUUACAUCUCUCAUUCACAAUCACUGCGAACACAAAUACUCGUCAAUCAUCUUUACGACUCGACCAUACCAGAUACCGCUCACCUUGACAACCAAGACUUUCGAUUCUCAAACAACACUCUAAAAUAACCAUCACUAUGCCACCCAAACGCAAAAAGUCUCUCGUUGAGUCCUCAACCGAAUCUCCCACCGCAGAUGACAAUUUCGACGUCGCAUCCGUUGCAUCUAUACCUUCUACCGCAUCCGCUACACCCGUUAAACCCAAGGCUAAAAAACCUAAAAUCGAGAAAGGAGAGAAAGCCGAGAAAGUUAAAGCUCCUCCUAAAAGCAAAGCUUCUAUUAAAGAAAAGGUACCUCUUAAAGAUAAAGAGGUGAAAGGAAAGGGUUUGGCGAAGGAAAUUAAGGAGAUGAAGGAAAUCAAGGAGGCGAAAGACACUAAAGUUAUAGGUAAAGAUGGCAAGGAGAAAGUAAAAGCCGUGACGGGUGAUGAGGCACAAGAGAUCUUGUUGGAAUAUCUGAGUAGGGAGAAUAGACCUUUUAGUGCGGGGGAUAUUAGUGGAAAUUUACAUGGGAAGGUAACCAAAACCCUCACCGACAAACUCCUCAAAGAACUCUGCAACUCCGGUCUCAUUAAUGGAAAAGGUACCAAUGGCGAUGGGAAAGGUUCACAAUGGGUAUACUGGGCCCUUCAAGAUCCCGAUUCUUCUCUCUCUCCCGAACAACUCGCAGAAAUGGAUUCUCAGAUCCAAGAUCUGCAGGGGAGAUUGCCAGAAUUGAAAAUGGAUGCGAGGAAAUUGAAUAUACAACUUGCAGGGAUGAAAAAGGAAAUGGGGGUUCAGGAAUUGAAAGAUGAGAUUGAGAGAUUGGAAGAGGGGAAGAGAGAGAAGGAAGAGAGGUUGAGAGUGUUGAGAGAAGGAAAGGAGGUUGUGAGGAAGGAGAAGGUGGAGAAGGUGGAGAGGGAAUUUGUGUAUUGGGGAAAGAUGAAGGGGGUUAGGAAGAGAGGAUUUGAAGCGGUGGAGGGAAUGUUGUUGGAGGGCAUGUCGAGGAAAGAUAUUUGGGAGAAGGCUGGUAUUGAGGGGGAUGGGGAGGGGGAGUUGUGA